GUUGUCUAAUAUAGCUGCCCGGCGCUGCAAUUUCGGAAUCUGCCCUUGUAUAUGGCGGACGAAAAUUUCCACACAGGAGGUAUACUGCAAGAGAAACCCGUGGUAGUCCGAAAAUGAGGCUUGCGCGGACUAUGGAAACCUCGCGGAAACCAAUCCUCAUACGCCACGACCUAUUGUAGAAAAUGUAACGGCGCUGGUGUGGACGGAAAUUAAGUUGUUUCGAAUUUGAACAUUUGGAAUUUUCUACUAACUAAUUUAAAAUUUGGAAGAGGCGUUUGUGUGCAGCCAACAGCCACCGCUGGUCGAAAAGGGGAGAUUGCAGCUGAGCUGCCUCGCUUAAUCUUCAUCGUUUCGGGAGUAUCAACACCCCAGACGACCCAUCGGCCAUGAGUGCCCAAAAGGCGGACAAUCCUGGCGCAGGGUUGGCAGAGGCGGCUGGGGGCGGGGCCAAAGGUACCCCUGCCUCUACCUUGACCCCGACCACUGCUACAUCGGCGCCAGCAACCGUCGGCAUGUCGACCAAAUCGCCGGUCCAGCUGCCAGUCACGGUGAAGACGGAACCGGGCACCACCAACGGCAAAAGGGACGACGCCGACCCAGCGGAGAUCUGCGUGGUGAUUGGUGGAAACGAUGUGAGGGGCGGAGCUCGUGCGGCGCAGACCCAGGGUAUGUUUACCCAUGGUACCCCUCCUCCAACGAAGAAUACAGACUCGUGCAUAGGCUCCUAUGUGUGUAGGGUAUGUGGAAAGAAGUACAAGUACUACAACUGUUUUCAGACCCAUGUCAGGGCACACAGAGAAACAAAUACAGUUGUUGGAGAGGCCUUACCGCCAGCUCCCAGCAAUAACUUCCGGUACUCGUGUGACAUCUGUGGGAAGAAGUACAAGUACUACAGCUGUUUCCAGGAGCAUCGGGACCUGCACGCGGUCGAUGGCCUCUCAGAUCCGUACGAGCAGGUGGGGUUACCGGUGGAAGACAUUAAGGAGGGAGAGCCGGUCGAACCCUAUCAGAAGAUUGGACCAAAAACGGGGAGCUAUGUGUGUGAGGUUUGCGGCAAGCAGUACAAGUACUUUAACCCCUACCAGGAACACGUUGCUCUUCACACACCGAUGGGUCGUUCCUUUGACAUGAAGUCCCCGUGCACACAGCAGCGAGGGAAAAUUGACUUGAACAAAUUUGGUCAACCGAGCAAGGAGAAAAACACUCUGUUAAUUCGUAAAGUGGAAAGCACAAUGCAGUCAAGUCUGGUGGACACCAACAGCUCCAAGAACUCAAGUGGAACCACAAGCCCCCUGGUGGCUAGCACGUUCUCUACAACUCAAAAACCCUACACUUGUGGCGCCUGUGGCAUCCAGUUCCAGUUCUACAACAACCUGCUGGAGCACAUGCAGUCCCACGCAGCCGACAACGAGAACCACACCAAGGGGGAUUCUCCCAAAUCGCCCCCAGUCUCAGGCCCCCAGGAGCCACCGUGGAGGGGCCAAGGAGCGGCCCAGACCACCAUCUCUGCGGUCCAGACCCCAGCCCCCCAGGCCCAGGCCCAGGCCCACGGAGCGGCUCAGAGGAACCACUCGCUCCCCAGCCACAACGGGCUCCCGGAGAAGGAGCGGCAGCAGGUGGCGGAGCGGCUGCUGCGCGUCAUGUGCUCGGACCUGAGCGCCCUGGCGGUGCUCAGCGGCAAGGACUUCCUGAAGCUGGCGCAGACGCUGGUGGACACGGGCGCCCGCCACGGCGCCUACUCCACGCGCGACGCCCUCGGCGGCAGCAUGAGCGCGCUGGCGCUGCGGCAGCUGCCGCGCAUGUACAACCAGGUGAAGGUGAAGGUGACGUGCGCGCUGGGCGCCAACGCCGCGCUGGGCCUCGGCGUGACGUGCCACUCGCAGGCGCGCGGCCCCGACGCCUGCUACGUGCUGACGGCCCACCAGGUGGAGGGCGCGCGGCUGCGGCGCUACGUCCUGGGCGUGCGCGAGGCGGAGCUGAGGGAGGGGCCCGAGCAGGUGCAGCAGUGGAUCCAGAACGUGCUGUCGGAGUUCGUCAUGUCGGACGUGCGCACGGUGUACGUGUCGGAGCCGCGGAUGGCGGGCGCCGGCGGCGUGGGCGGGGGCUCUCCUUUGGGCGGGGGCGGGGGAGUCGGAGGGGGCGGGGGCUGGGGCCGGGGCCGGGUGUGCCUGCGCUGCGCCGGGUGCUCGCUGGGGGCGGUGGUGCAGGCGGUGCUGGGGAAGCACAGCCUGCAGGCGCGGGGGCUCCACGAGCUGGCGGAGCUGCUGGCGGCGUGCCGCGAGAUCGCCUCGUCCACCCGCCUGUCGCUGCGCGAGGAGCCCGCCGCCGCCGCUGCCGGGCCGGCGCCGUCAGGCGAGGAGGGCGGGGCCCAGGCGGCCACGCCCCCGUGCUGGGACCGCACGGCGGAGUCGCUCCUCCAGGUGCACACGCACUUUGAGCAGGUGUGCGAGGCGUACGGCCGCAGCAAGGCCACGGCGCCGCUGCUGCAGGGCCUGAACAAGCACCUGCUGGCCACGCUGGCCUGCCUGCUGGCCCCGCUGCGGCUGGCGGCGCUGGAGCUCAGCAGCCAGCGGAGGCCCACCCUGCAGCAGGUGCUGCCCGUCUACCUGCGGCUGGAGAAGCUGUUCACGGCCAAGGCCGGGGAGCCCGGCGCGGGCACGGCCAGCAAGCUCUGCCACUACUUCCUGGAGGCGCUGAAAGAAAACUUCAAGGUGGAGCGCGCCCACCAGGUUGCCAUGAUCCUGGACCCCCAGCUGAAGCUCCGCCCCGUGCCGGCCUAUCAGCACGACGAGAUCAUCGCCCGGGCCUGCGAGAUGGCCUCCGAGCCCCGGGAAGGCGGCGGCGGUGGCGGCGGCGGUGGCGGCGGCGGCGGUGGAGGGGGAGGUUCGGGCGCUGAGGACCACAACAGCGACGGAUCGCCCCCGCCGAAGCGCGGCCGUCUCGACUGCGGCGGCGGCGGCGGCGUCCCCACGGGGGCCAACGCCCUGCCCCUCUCCUCAACCACCCCGUCCACCCCCUCGAGGAACGGGGUGGGCGGCGAGCACGUCCGCAAGGAGCUCUACCAGUACCUGGCGGAGCCCCCGGUGCAGGGCACGCCGGACCUCUUCCAGUACUGGAGCUCUGCAGCGGCGGGGGGAGGAGCCUCAGGAGGAGGAGGCGGGGCCGGGGAGAGGUUCCCCCGGGUGGCGCGCCUGGCGCUCUGGCUGCUGGCGGUGCCGGCGGUGGGGGUCCGCAGCGAGUGCGUGGCGCUGUGCGAGCAGAGCCUGGCCAUGAAGCGCCGGCAGCAGGUGACGGCCGAGGAGAUGAACAAGCUCAUCUUCCUGCGCUCCAACAUGGGGUAGGACCGACUCGCUUUGAGGUGCAGCCGCGCCGCUAGGAUAUAUAUAGGUGUAGAUCGGAUAGUGACCCCAACGACCUCCUCGCUGGAGAUCCCCGAAGACUAUUUAUAAUCGUAGAGGUUUGUGUGUGUGACGCAACGAGGGUUUAGACGUGUAUAGACGCAGAGUGCUUCUGAAGUACACUCGAGACGAACUCAAAGACUUAACGGGCGUAUUGUAGCGGUUGGACAAAUCCAGUUGGACAGUGAGUUAAAUAUUAGAUCUGGUGAGAAGAGACACGGACAGUACGAUGAUUAAAGGGUUGGAGUCGUUUAACUAAAGUUAUUUUUUUGUUUGCACCCCCUACUUGUCCUCAGUAUCUAUGAAUCCUUCACUCUAUAUUAUGUCACCAUAGCGGUUAUCGCUAUGGUGAUCCAAUGGAUCCUCUCAAACGGAGAAACACGGGCAUGUGUGUUACGAAGUUCACUGCCACGUCACCCAACAUCGCUGACGCUGAUACAACCUUUAAUACAGGGUUUACAGUGACCUUACACUGACCUAUACACUUCAGUGCAUUGAUUGAAUAUAUAUGUUCACGACCAAGCCGAUGUUAGACUAUAGGUACGAUAUUAUUUUGCAACCUGUAUCACAACUGCUGAAGUCCAAUUGUAUUGUUUCUUCUUUUUUUACAGUGAGAAAAUGCUUUUCCAUAGGAUGGUAAAAGGAAUUUCUAUAAAAAAUAAUCCGUCUUCCUUCUCAUAUAGUUGUCCCUAGACCAAAAUUUGAUUUUAACAGAUUCAGAAAAGUAUAUUAAAGUCAUAAUUGUGUUGGAUUCGCAUUUCACAAUUCACUUUUAUCAACGCAAAAAUGCCAUUUCCUGUGUAGCUCCUGCUGUAGUGGAUGACGUUAUUGUUUAGCAUUAGACAUAUGCAUGGAGUUUGUUCUCAGGAAAGCCCCACCAAGCAGCACGUUUAUUUUUCUGCUAUAAAGGGACACUAUGACGACUUCACCUCAAGGUCAUCCAAAUGAGCGGGUAUGGAUGAACGCAAGGCAAGGUCCAACCCCUGGGUGUUGUUAGCUCCGUUCAGCGGCACCAAAACAGAUCCUUUGUAGGUUAAACAACGUCACUUUACAGACGAGGUAUACGUUAUGAUUUCACGAUACACGAUUCUAUUUAAAUUCAUAUUUGCCUGGGGCUUGAAAAAAAUGAUUCGGGCCUAGAGUCUGUUGUCACUUGAAACUAGAAGGUAUCUUAUUUCAUGACUGCAUUGUUUGUAAAAUGCGAAUUGUUGUGUACUUUCAUGACUGACUGUGUACUGAUUACAUUUUAUUUUUGGACCUAACAGUGACCUCUGCUGGUUCUUUUUCAGUGUCAGAACCAUUUUAGUUUGAUUCAGAGACCACUUUUAAAACGUUAUCUAAAAAUGUUAUUUAAUUGUAUAUAUUGAUAAAGCCUCAAGCCAAUCUUUUUUAACAAUGUGCAUUGAUUAUACAAAUUUCGGCGAAUAAAUUGACUCAAGAAUUUUGACAUUCUGAGGAAAAAAUAUUUUAAAUGUAUAAAUCAGGCAACUAUAUGAAGAAAAUGGCUUUGGUUUCUCUUUAUGUAAUCACCGAUUGGUUUGGUGGUGUGGUCAUGAACUAAAAACUAAAAUGUGCAUAUAUUAUAACAGAUCUAAACAGACUACUGCUAACCAUCUCCAAUAAGAAUACUCAAAUGAAAUUGCUUUACAGUGUAGUCUGAAUUUAAGAUCAGAGAAUAUCUCACACCAUUGAAUUCAGUUAUAUAAAAUAUGAGAUCAGAGAAUAUCUCACACUAUUGAAUACAGUUUGACCGUUUUACAACUGAAACCAUGCUGGUUGUCAGAACCAUCCCUAAUUAAACUGUAAAACAAAUGGGUGGAAAUUUCCACCCGUUUUAAGAUAAAUUGGAAACCUUUGCUUCGACACACACACACACACACACACACACACACACACACACACACACACACACACACACACACACACACACACACACACACACACACACACACACACACACACACACACACACACACACACACACACACACACACACACACACACACAGAGCAUCAAAAACGCAAAUCAAAUCGUGAUCAUGUUUUUCAGGGAUUCAGUUCAUGCACUGAAUGAAACCUAAACUGUAAGGAGCUUAAGUCGGUGUAACUGGUUUCGUAUUAUAAAAUCAAAAGUGGAAGAAUUCACAUUUAUUUUCGAGCAACAAAGGCAUGACUAUUCAAAUGUGUUGUUUGCAGUAAACAUUUAAUUUUGGUCAGUUACGAAUUUAAGAUAUCUAUUUUUUUUAACAUGACGACUGUUUAGUAAACGAUUUGAAGGCUAAUUCAUUUGUGUCCAUACUAUUUAUAUAUUCUAUCAUUUUUUUCUUUGUUUUUCGCGCCAAAUCAACUCUCCAUUUCCAAGUAGGAAUGCUUUGAUAACAAAAUGCCACUUUUGAAGCACUAAAGUCUAUUUAAAUAAUGACAUUUUCGUUGGUGAGAUUAGAGUUUUCUAUCUGAGAUAUGCAUGCAAAGACUAUAAAAAAUUCUCAUGAACAUGUAUUGUAUAUAAUUAUUAUAAUAGUUUAUUAAUAAUAGGCCGGAUUGUUCCUUUAACAAAUAAACCGAGACUAUUGUUUGCUUGAAAAAAGAGCCUUAGCAAUUUUUUGAUUAUUACUAUGGUUAUACGAGUAUGGCUAUAGGUGAUCUUAUUCCGAAUCGCGUAGGUUGGUGUAUUUGGGGUGACGUCAUCUGGAUUGAGCGACCAUUCGAGCGUAAAUAAAAGUGAACUGCUGUUUUUCUGCCACCAGGGGGCAUCGUCAUUACAGAAAUAUAGGGAGCACCGAUACCACCAUACCUCUUUUUUCUACACUAGCGUUUAAAAAAAAAGUUUUGAUAUAUAGAACUAAACUUGGGUAACGUUAUUUGAUUUUUUUUUUCGUUUUUAAUUUAUUCAAAUAUCUGUACAAGAUGGUUGACAUAGAAAUCUGUCAUGUUUUAGAGCAUCUAGUCCAUUAGAAAAUCAGGUGGAGAGUUCACUGUUGCAUCUGUUGUAUGUCUUUCGUUGACAGAAAUGUUCUCCUUUUAUACCCUGCUUGACAAAGAACGCAAUGUACCCUAUUCUUUUUUUCUUUUCUUGUCUUUUUGUUAUACUUUCAGUAUAGUCGUGUAGUCCGAUUUGAGUUUGAUUAGUACAACGCCUAAUUUCUACUUUUUUUCUAGCAACACUAUUUUUAUAAAACACAAGUGAGAAUUCAAUGCAUUUCUUUCUUUUAGUUUUUUUUUCUUUUUUUUUUAGUUUUAGUCUUUUCUGUAUCAUACAUGGCAGCGCUGUUCAAUGUUUAUUGAAAUACAUUAACUGUAAUACGUGACGUGUGAACAAACAAACCCAAAUAAAUACCUAAUCACUGA